AUGAGUACAACUGGUGUAAAGGCCAUAGAAGAACCAAAGAAGACUGUUAAAAGAGACGCAUUAAAGUCCAUUGAACAAAAGAUUCAACAGUCAUGGGAACAUGAGCGUGUCUUUGAAGUUAAUGCUCCAACCUUACAAGAAAUUUCUGAUGAUACCUUUUUACAUGAAAAAUUUCCAAAGUAUAUGGGAACUUUUCCAUAUCCUUAUAUGAAUGGAAGGUUACAUUUGGGACAUUUUUUUACUAUUACAAAAGUCGAAUUUGCUACCGGAUAUGAAAGAAUGAGAGGUAAAAGAGCUUUGUUUCCUUUAGGUUUUCAUUGUACUGGUAUGCCUAUAAAGGCAUGUGCUGAUAAAUUGUUAAGAGAACUUGAACAAUUCGGUCCAAAUUUUAUACUUCCGGAGCAAGAUGAGAUCGAAGAGGGAAUUAAAGAUUUAGAUUUAAAUCGUGAUGAUGAAAAAACGUCUCAAUCUAUCAUGGAUCCAUCUGGAGCAUCAACAAAAGUUAUGCAAAAGAAAGGAAAAGUUGUGGCAAAAUCAACUGGCCAAAAAUAUCAAUUUCAGAUUAUGAAAAGUUCAGGAGUACCUGACGAAGAAAUUGCAAAAUUUGCUGAUGCGAAUCAUUGGAUUUAUUAUUUUCCUCCUUUGGCUAUAAAAGACUGCAAGUCUAUUGGCGCUAAAAUCGAUUGGCGUCGUUCUUUUGUCACUACAGAUGUCAACCCUUAUUAUGAUUCGUUUGUUCGAUGGCAAAUGAGAAAACUGAAAGCCCUUAACAAGAUUAAAUUUGGCGAAAGAUAUACUAUAUAUUCACCUAUUGAUGGUCAGCCUUGUAUGGAUCAUGAUCGGCAAAGUGGUGAAGGAAUUGGACCACAAGAAUAUACUGGUAUCAAACUUAAAGUUCUUGAAUGGAGCAUAGAAGCUGAAAAUGUUUUUGGAACAUUACCAGAAUUGGAAACAAAAGAUAUUUAUUUCGUCGCCGCUACCCUUAGACCCGAAACAAUGUAUGGGCAAACGAAUUGUUUCGUAGGAAUCGAGAUAAAUUAUGGACUUUUUAAAAUUAAUGAUACCGAUGUUUUUAUUUGUACUCAUCGCGCUGCGCGUAAUAUGGCGUUUCAAGGAUAUUCUGAAGAACGCGGUAAAGUCAGUCAAUUAGCCGAAGUUAAAGGAUCACUUUUUAUUGGAACUAAGGUUAGCGCUCCGUUGAGUAAAUAUAAACAAGUUUAUGUUCUACCAAUGGAGAAUGUGUUGGCAACAAAGGGGACUGGUGUUGUUACUUCGGUUCCUUCAGAUUCUCCAGAUGAUUAUAUAACUCUUAUGGAUCUUAAGAAAAAAGCUGAAUAUUACAAAAUACAUCCUUCGUGGGCUGAUUAUGAACCUAUACCUAUUAUUCACACUCCUUCUUAUGGCGAUUUAGCUGCUCCAAGAGUAUGUCAGCAAAAAAAGAUUAAUUCUCAAAAGGAUCGCUUGCAAUUAACUGAAGCAAAAGAGUUGGUAUAUAAGGAAGGGUUUUAUAACGGCACUAUGAUAAUUGGUGAUUAUAAAGGACAACCUGUUCAAGAAGCCAAAGCAUUAAUCAAGGAUUUAUUGGUUUCCACCAAACAAGGAUUCAUAUAUAAUGAACCCGAAGGUCUUGUAAUGUCUCGUUCCGGAGAUGAAUGUGUUGUUGCUUUAUGUGAUCAAUGGUAUUUGGAUUAUGGUGAGGAAGAGUGGAAGAAAUUAGCGGAAAAAUGUCUUAGCCAAUUAAAUACUUUCUGCUCAGAAACUCGUCAUCAAUUUGAACAAACACUUGCUUGGUUGAAUCAAUGGGCAUGUGCUAGGAGUUAUGGGUUAGGUUCUAGGCUUCCUUGGGAUCCUCAAUAUUUAGUUGAAAGUUUGUCAGAUUCCACUAUAUAUAUGGCUUAUUAUACAGUGGCUCAUUUACUCCAAGGUGGGGCACUCGAUGGUUCAAUUCCUGGGCCACUUGGCAUUCAGGCUUCGGAAAUGACGGAUAAAGUAUGGGAUUAUAUUUUCAAUGAUGGAAUUUACCCAACUUCUUGUUCCAUCUCACAAGAAAAGCUUGACGUCUUGAAACGGGAAUUCAAAUAUUUUUACCCUUUAGACCUUCGUGUGUCUGGGAAAGAUUUGAUUCCUAAUCAUUUAACCUUUUUUAUUUAUAAUCAUGUCGCUAUAUUUCCUGAAAAAUAUUGGCCAACAGGUAUAAGGUCAAAUGGGCAUUUACAAUUGAAUAGAGAAAAGAUGAGUAAAAGUACUGGUAAUUUUAUGACUGGCGGUGAUGCCAUUGUAAAGUACGGUGCCGAUGCUACUCGUGUAGCACUUGCCGAUGCAGGUGAUGCAAUCGAAGAUGCUAAUUUCGAAGAAUCUACUGCUAAUGCAGCUAUUUUAAGGUUAUUUACCUUGAAAGAAUGGUGUGAGGAACAAGUAAAAAACAAAGAUACUCUUCGUACAGGAUCAACAAAUAGUUUUCAUGACAAAAUUUUUGAGAAUGAGAUUAACAAAUUAAUUCAACUAACCGACAAGGCAUAUAAUGAUUCCAUGUAUCGUGAAGCAUUGAAAUAUGGAUUCUAUGAGUUACAAUCAGCUCGUGAUUGGUAUCGUGAAGCCACUGCUCAUGAGGGUAUGCAUAAAGAUUUGGUUUUACGAUGGAUUGAAAUACAGGCUUUGCUGUUGUCGCCAAUAGCUCCACAUUGGUCCGAAUAUAUUUGGAAAGAUAUCUUGUCAAAUGAAGGAUUUAUUGUUAACGCUUCUUUUCCCACGCCAUCAGCUCCUAUUGAUGAGGGAUUACUUGAAGCAACCGAAUAUGUUAGAAAGAUUGUCAAAUCCGUACGCGAUCUAGAAAUAGCAUCACAAAAGAAGAAAAAAAAGGGUAAAGGAGAGAAUUUUGAUCCUUCGAAACCUAAAUCACUUAAAUUAUUUGUCGCAACACAGUUCCCUGAGUGGCAAGAUUUUACUGUUGAAGUCGUAAAACAAAAUUAUGAUGAGCAAAAUAAAACAUAUGAUGAUGUUAAAAUUCGAGAAGUUUUAGCAGAAAGAGGCAUUUUAAAAAAUAAAAAGACGAUGCCGUUUGUACAAGAAUUUAAGAAGAGAGUUGAUAAACUUGGAACGAUUGCAUUUAAUCGAGCUUUGUUAUUUAAUGAGUAUGAUACACUUAACAUGGCUAAAGAUUUUAUACAAAAAAGUUUAGGAUACGAUAAAGUUGAUAUUCUUAGAUGUGAUGAAGCAGCAGAUGAUGAAAAAAUUGCUGUUGAAAUAGCUGUACCUGGUGAACCAGGAGUUCUAUUUAAGAAUAUUGCACAAUAG